CGGAAGUGGAGGACCUGACCUGUAGCUACCUUGACGGUUCUCCUCAUUUUCCCUCAAUAUUCAAGCCGAACAACUCCGCUGGAUCUCGGGCUGGACUUUCCCACGAGUGCUGCAGGAGUAGGGCGGUCGGUGGCUGGUCGGUGGCGAGUCGGUGUCUCGGCGAGGAGCCGCAGCAACAGCCCCGGAAAGACGAUUAGCCAUGACGGCCAGUGACGGAGGGGCUCCGCGGGACCGCGCGUAACAAGAUGAGGAUUCCUCCGGUGUGGGCGCUGGGCGCUUGCCAGACUGGGUGAAGUGACAGCUGAGAGGGAAACCUGCUGAGAGAGAAACACGGCCGGGGACUGCUGAGGAGGACCUCGGUGCAGGUUCACACGGCUGUCGUCAGGGUGGAGCUUCCUGACCCAUGGAGAAUUACUUCCAGGCCGAGGCCUUCAACCUGGACAAGGUCCUGGACGAGUUUGAGCAGAACGAAGAUGAACCUGACACACCUAUUCUCUCCGAUGCCAAGUGGACCCAGAUCCUGGCCCCGCCGGCCCACCUGCUCUCUCUGAACCCCGCUCUGGCCCACGCAGACCUCAGCCCCCGGGAGAGUCCGCUGCCCUUCAAGAGUCUCCCCGACUCCUCCUCCAGCACCUCCCCGGGGGCAGACCCUAAGAGACACCCUGGUCCUGAACUUCCAUCCUGGGGAGAGGAGAGGCCGGCAGACGUCCACAGCCCGCCGCUCCCCGAGCCCAACAUCGGCAAACUGGUGGGAACCGACGACCUCUCGCCGCCCCCUGUGACGGCAAGUGGUGCAGUGGAGAAUGGGUGCGCUGCGAGCCCACCACAUGAUGGGCUUAGCGAGGAGCUAAGUUCUCCUCCGGACUACGAGCCUGGUGCUUGUGACCAGGCGGUUACACCUCAUCAGGAGGAGAGAGCUGCCUCAGCUGGAGGGGGAAGCUCCAGCGUCAGUCACACUCACUUUACCUUCGAGCUCGGACAAGGACAGGAAGAAGCUACGUCUGAGAUAAUUCAUCCAGAUGUGGAAGCAACCACACAAAUAAGGGAAGGUGUCACAAAGGAGGCCAGUGCAGCUGUGUUACAGGACGAUAGUCAAGAGAGACAAACUGCUAACUCAAACCAGGAACAGAGAGAACGUCUCCUGAAUGGGGAGAGAGAUGUUCAGUCUGGCUUCGAGGCAGAGCUGAAUGGUGCAUGUUCUCCUCACUGGGCUGAAGAUGAGAGGUGUGCUCCUGAGGGACAGAUCGACCAGCUCCUCAGAAUAACAAGCCUUCCCAAUGGUUCUGAGCAGGAGAGGAGUAAUCACUCUAAGCUGACAGACGAGGAGGAGGAGGAGGAGGAGGUGGAGGAGGGUUUUUCUCCCUCUCCUGUCCCCUCUAAAGAGGACUCUGUGACUGAGGAGAAAGAAAUGGAGGAGAGCAAGCAGGAGAGCGGCGAUGGAGGAGCGCUGGGAUCUGGUAGCGUCCAACCAAAACUCAACAAUCGGCUGCAGCCGGUCAGUGUUCCCUACGGAGGGGCACGGCCUAAGCAGCCGGUCACCCUCAAACUCCAGAUUCCUCAGCCGCUGUCCAGCCAGGUCCAAAACCAGCUCCUCAGCAAGAACAAGAACCAGGAGAACCAGUGUCGUAGGAGCACGCCAUCUGAAACAACCCUCAGUGUGACGGAUCAGCCCGCCGCCGGGGUGAACGGAGAGGCUGUCGUCCACUCUCCUUCCCUGAGGCCUUCAGAGAGCCCAGACAAUGACCUCCAGGCAGGGCAGCAGGGCGCCCUGUGCAAGAAACCUGCCAGCUCCCUGGGUGAGGUCGCCCCUGUGUGGGUGCCCGACUCCCAGGCUCCCGUCUGCAUGAAAUGUGACAUCAAGUUCACCUUCACCAAGAGGAGGCACCACUGCAGAGCCUGUGGCAAGGUGUUCUGUGCCACGUGCUGCAGUCUGAAGUGCAGGCUCGUGUACAUGGACAGGAAGGAGGCUCGCGUCUGUAUCACCUGUCACUCUGCUCUGACGACUGCUCAAUCAUGGGAGACCCCGACCACUGGAAACAACCAGAGUCCGAACCCCAACAACCCGGCGGAGUACUGCUCCACCAUCCCCCCUCUGCAGCAGGCUCAGGCCUCGGGGGUCCUCAGCUCCCCUCCUCCCACCGUCAUGGUGCCUGUGGGAGUCCUGAAACAGUCUGGCAACGAGGGGACCCUCACACGGGAGCAGAGGAGGGUGUGGUUCGCCGACGGGCUCCUGCCCAAUGGAGACGCAGCCGAGUCCCCCAACCCUGCGACCUCCAGCCCGGCCCCCUCCCACUCGCUAGCCAUCUCCUCUGGCUCAAGCAAAUCCUCCACUUCUGAUUCCUCAGAGGCGGCCCACACCCCCGUCGCCCUGGUGGGCAGUCCCGUGGGCAGCUCCGUCAGUCUGAUUCCGGAGGACGGGCUCCCUCCCAUCCUCAUCUCCACCGGAGUCAAAGGAGGUACGGGAGGCCACAUCACAGACUAUGCAGUGGAGGAGAGGCCGGCGGAGAUCGUCCUCAUGCAGCAGCUGGAGGAGGGAGGCCCAGACCCCCUGGUCUUCGUGCUCAAUGCCAACCUGCUCGCCAUGGUCAAGCUGGUAAACUACGUGAACAGGAAGUGUUGGUAUGUGACGACUAAAGGCAUGCACGCCGUGGGCCAGGCGGAGGUGGUCGUUCUGCUCCAGUGUCUCCCUGAUGAGAAGACCAUCCCUAAAGACGUCUUCACCCACUUCGUGCACCUCUACCAGGAGGCCCUCAGUGGCAACGUGCUGAGCCACCUGAGUCACUCCUUCUUCACGCAGAGCUUCCUGGGCAGUAAGGAGCAUGGCGGCUUCCUCUACAUCAGCCCGUCCUUCCAGUCACUGCAGGACCUCCUGCUACCGAACCCGCCUUACCUCUUCGGCAUCCUGAUCCAGAAGUGGGAGACGCCCUGGGCCAAGGUCUUCCCCAUCCGCCUCAUGCUGCGGCUGGGUGCAGAGUACCGCUUUUAUCCGUGUCCGCUGUUCAGUGUCCGCUACAGGAAACCCCUCUUCGGAGAAACCGGUCACACGAUCAUGAACCUGCUCGCAGACUUCCGUAACUACCAGUACACGCUGCCGGUGGUGAAGGGGCUGGUCGUGGACAUGGAGGUGAGGAAGACGAGCAUCAAGAUCCCCAGCAACCGCUACAACGAGCUGAUGAAGGCCAUGAACAAGUCCAACGAGCACGUGCUGGCCAUGGGGGCGUGUUUCAACGACCGAGCCGACUCCCACCUGGUCUGCGUCCAGAACGACGACGGCAACUACCAGACGCAGGCGAUCAGCAUCCACCACCAGCCACGCAAAGUGACCGGCGCCUGCUUCUUUGUGUUCAGUGGGGCGUUGAAAGCCUCGUCGGGCUUCUUGGCAAAGACCAGCAUUGUGGAAGAUGGUGUGAUGAUCCAGAUCACAGCCGAGACCAUGGACACUCUCCGGCAAGCCCUGAGGGACAUGAAGGACUUCACCAUCACGUGCGGUAAAGCCGACCAGGAGGAAAACCAGGAGCUCGUGCACGUCCAGUGGACGGAGGACGACCACAACUUCAACAAGGGUGUGAUCAGUCCGAUUGAUGGAAAGUCGAUGGAGUCCAUCACCAGCGUCAAGAUCUUCCACGGCUCCGAGUUCAAGGCCAAUGGCAAAGUCAUCCGCUGGACCGAGGUCUUCUUCCUCCAGAGUGAAGACCAACCCAACGGUCUGAGCGACCCCGCCGACCACAGCCGCCUGACGGAGAACGUGGCGAGGGCGUUCUGCGUGGCGCUGUGUCCGCACCUGAAGCUGCUGAAGGAGGACGGCAUGGCCAAACUGGGCCUGAGGGUCACACUGGACUCGGAUCAGGUGGGCUACCUGGCAGGAAGUAACGGGCAGCCCCUCCUGCCUCAGUACCUGAGCGACCUGGACAGCGCCCUGAUCCCCGUCAUCCACGGCGGGGCGUGCCAGCUGAGCGAGGGCCCCGUGGUCAUGGAGCUGGUCUUCUACAUCCUGGAGAUCAUCUCCUAGAAGACACAGACGUCUCCUCCACCUCUUUUUCCUUUUCUUUUUUUUUAACCUUCCGACGCGUCUCACAGCCUCCGUCCCUCCGUCACCUCCCUUCAACUGUUUGCACUUAAAACGAGCCUGAAAACUGUGCCGUGCCAGGUGGGGUAGCAUUCCUCAAGUCAAACCUAUGCAUCCCGCCGCCGCCCCCCCCCCGCUGUGCUCCGGAGGUCACCUGGGGCCCGAGGCAGCUCCGUCACACCGGGUCCGUCCGGAUGCCCACACUGUGCAGGACGAGUGAAGUGCCUGAUGAUGUGACCAGUACUUACUUCCACAUGUUAAGACAAAUCAGUCUGAUGGACCAGGCAGGUUUGAUGACCACAGAGACGGUGAAGAGGAGAGUAGAACUAUUAAUAAAGACGCUACAUCCGGAGAGAGAGGCGGAGAAAUCACUUGAUUCUGUUUCUGUUGGAUGAAGUUGGAUAUUUAUAUCCAUCAAGAAGUUCAGGCCGUUUGACGUGAGGUGAUGAGAAUCUGGGGAUGUGCAGCAAUAACAUGUAAAGUUUGGAGAAUCGUGUGUCGACUGUUGUCGGUCUUAACAGCACAAAGUACGAACAACAGCUGGACUGAUGUGGUUGAAUCAGUUUCCUGCAAAGUGAGACGAGAGGAAGUAAAGUUAAUAAAGUGUAAAAGUCCAGCUGGUCCUCAGAGGGACAGAAGAACCGAGAGGGAACCCUGGACCUUCAGCUGCAUUCACACAAACUCUGUUAACUCUGCAUCUUCCCUCCGGGUUGUGUUCACGUUUGUUUGUUUGUGCGUUAAAGCGUCACAGUCGUGAAACAACCGGAAAACAAGUUGGUUCUCUGAUUGGCUGGUUUGUUCUCGCUGACGUCGCUCUAUCUCUUUGACUCGAAGACUCUGGUUGGAAAGUUAAUUAAAUUCUUUUGCUCUUUUUUUUUUGAACUUGCAGAGUAGUAUUAGUACAGCAGAGUAUUUAUGACGAGCUAGAGCUGAUUUGCCCUCACUUAUGAUGAAUCGGUAUUAGGAGAGUGGGGUGUGGGGUUACUCUGUGUGUGUGUGUGUGUGUGUGUGUGUGUUUUCCGGACAUGAGACUUGUGUGUCUGUGUGUGUGUGUGGACGGACCCCCUGUCUGACUCCAGCAUGGCGUCACUGUGGCAGCCUGAAGGCUCCUGAACAGGCGUCUGUAGCACGGAUGCUCUUACGAGAGGAGUUGGGACUUACUUCUCUCUGGUCGCGUCACCAAGGAACCUACAAGUCCCCGGCUGAGCAGGGAGAAGUCGUGUCUGAGUGGUGGAGCACAUUACUUCUUCUUUUAUAUUUGAUUUGUUUUAGCCCCGUGGUUCUCAGUGCCUGCAGCAGCGAUUCAUCAACGAGGGGGAGAAAGGAAAAAACAUCCCGGCUUCACCUCUUAAGCUUUACUCAUCAAUCACCAGAUGCUUUACUUCAUGGACAAACGUGUCGACUGCUUGUACAUAUUUUUUUGUAGGCAGAACAAUCUCCCGUCCCUCACGACACCCGCAGCCUCCAGACAUCCCACCGAAGGACAAGUAUUACUGAAGUGACCGUGACUCACUCGUCUGCUGGGAAACCAGAUUUCAGCCCCGUUGUCCGAAAGCAGGGGGCUCAUGAAAAGGUUCCAACGCUUUAUCCAGAAACUCAACGUGUACAUAAAUGUGGGGAAAAGACUUUUUAAUCUCAUCACAAAUCCUCAGCGCUCGGUGUUCGUCCGGAUACAAAACCCCCUCAAGUUGUUUUAAUCAUACGAAGAGAAUAACUGUCGAAGAUGUAAAGAUGUAUAAAUAUAUAAAAAGUGUAUUAAACUUGCAGAAGCAGUGCACUGGAUUCUAAGCCAUCUACAGGAGAGUGGAGGCAGGCGUCAGGGUCACUGCCACUGUGUUCUGGAACAGCUUCUCCAGCAGAAGAGGAAGUGUUGGUGUUUGAAGAUCUGGGGGGUUCCUGCAAGAUCGACUUCAAGCUGAAUGUAUCUCAUCUCAUAUUUACUGCAGAAAAAACUCCUCAUCCUUCCAAAAAAAUCCAUGAAAUCAGCAGCAUCCUGCUCCCCGGACUCUUCACGGUUUAAAAAGUUCGCAGACCUGCGUUAGGAACCGAUCGGUGACGGCUCAUCUUCGAGGCCUCGGCCGUUUGGAGGUCGAGCUGCGGCUCCUCCCUCCGCCACAUGGACCUGGAACAACAAUCUAAAGAAUGUAUUCCUCCUGUUUCUGUUCAAAUCGGCAAAUUGUGUGUUUUUGUUUUUUUCUUUCCUAUUUCAUUUCUCGCUAGACUAAUCACCAAAAACCUCCUGAACAGUCGUCCACCUGCAUCACGUCAUUGCAGCAGCCUCCAUUCAGUCGGGCUAAUGUCAAAACCAGAAGAGGCUACGCAAAAAAAACCACACGUACUGUUGUUUCAGUACGAGAGGUUUUUACUAUCGGAGAAAAUCUAUCUCGUGGUCACAAGAGAGAAUCAGACAAUCACAAGAAAACCUGCAGAGGAGCCGACACGUAGAGCGGAAGUUAGACCUGCGUUUGUUUAUUACUCCAGCCGAAGUAUUUCACACGCCCACUGUAGCAAAGUUAACGUUAGUGGAAGCGGAUUAAAAACUGCUCAGAGGUCAAAGGUCACCAGUUCUUGGUUAAUUCACUGUGAUUAUACCAGAGCUGUGAAUCUGCAUCUUCAUCACAGGACGUUUUUAUCGAUUAGCGCAAAUGAGGAGACGUACGGUUUUGUUUUUUCAGGCUUCUCCCUGAUUUUGGAUUGUUAAUCUUUAGUUUCUUUGCGUUAUCCGACGUGUGCAAUAUGUCCUUGAUCCAAAAAAAGGUGCAAUUUGUUUUAAAAAGUAGCAUUUCUUAUUUUACUGUCGUAUUCAGUUGUUACGAUCCAAAACUAAACACUGCAUGCAAACAGAAACACAGUGGAGAGUCAAUCAAGUGUUUGUGGACGAAACGUGAAGAAAACAAUCCACUUCGUCACUGACUGGGUUUUUUGUUUCUUUUUUUUUUUUUAAUUAACAUUGGUCGAAAUGUUUGAAGCCAAAAACCAUGUACAUGUUUUUUCUUUACACUACAAAUGUCAAAAAAAGUGGUCUUCAUUAAAAAAACUGUAGUAUAUGUACAAUAAAAAACUUAUAGAAAACA